AGGCCGCGCGCGGCGGGGCGGGCCGGGGGCGGCUCGCGGAAGCAGCCCGGUCAGGGCAGCACCGGUGGCUGCGGCGGCGCGGCGGCGGCGACUCGGGGGCCGGGCGGCUCGGGUGAAGCCGCCGUGGGCCUUAUCUUCCGGCGGCCGGCCGAGUUUGUAGUGAUCGUUCCCGCCGCCCGCCCCGGCUGCCAUCUCCUCCUCUUCCUCCUCCUCCUCCUCCUCCUCCUCCUGGGCCGGGCCGGUCCCCUCCCCGCGGCCGCCUCCUCCUGGGCUGGGCCCGCGGCGUCUCGUCCCCUCGCGGAGCCGCCGCCGCCGCUGCCGCCGCCGCCUCCUCCUCAUUCAUCCUCGUGCACCAUAGGCGGCACAGGCACCAAGAUGUCCAACCGAGUGGUCUGCCGGGAAGCCAGCCACGCCGGGAGCUGGUACACCGCCUCAGGACCUCAGCUGAAUGCCCAGCUAGAAGGUUGGCUUUCACAAGUACAGUCUACGAAAAGACCUGCUAGAGCCAUUAUCGCACCCCAUGCAGGAUACACGUACUGUGGCUCUUGUGCUGCCCAUGCUUACAAACAAGUGGAUCCAUCGAUUACCCGGAGAAUUUUCAUCCUUGGGCCUUCCCAUCAUGUGCCCCUGUCUCGAUGUGCACUCUCCAGUGUGGAUAUAUAUAGGACUCCUCUGUAUGAUCUUCGUAUUGACCAAAAGAUUUAUGGAGAGCUAUGGAAGACAGGAAUGUUUGAACGCAUGUCUCUGCAGACAGAUGAAGAUGAACACAGUAUUGAAAUGCAUUUGCCUUAUACAGCUAAAGCCAUGGAAAGCCAUAAAGAUGAGUUUACCAUUAUUCCUGUACUGGUUGGAGCUCUGAGUGAGUCAAAAGAACAGGAAUUCGGAAAACUCUUCAGUAAAUAUCUAGCGGAUCCUAGUAAUCUCUUUGUGGUCUCCUCUGAUUUCUGCCACUGGGGUCAAAGGUUCCGUUACAGUUACUAUGAUGAAUCCCAGGGGGAGAUUUAUAGAUCCAUUGAACAUCUAGAUAAAAUGGGUAUGAGUAUUAUAGAACAAUUAGAUCCUGUAUCUUUUAGCAAUUAUUUGAAGAAAUAUCAUAAUACUAUAUGUGGAAGACAUCCCAUUGGGGUGUUAUUAAAUGCUAUCACAGAGCUCCAGAAGAAUGGAAUGAAUAUGAGCUUUUCCUUUUUGAAUUAUGCCCAGUCGAGCCAGUGUAGAAGCUGGCAAGAUAGUUCAGUGAGUUAUGCAGCUGGAGCACUCACGGUCCACUGAAGCUCCGACCCUCAGGGACGCCACCUGCACAGACUCAUACUCUGUCCGGGGUCCAGCCUAGCCUUUACCACGGUGUUGGUUCUGGUGUGGGGGGAUUCUGCAACCUCAGACUAACAGAACUCUCUUCUCUUCUUUUCUAGUAGGUGUAGUCCUCCUUAAUUUCAACUCAUUUAAAAAAUGCUUUAUAGUUUGGGGCUGUGGAAGGAAGGCUGGAAUCAAAAUAUUUUGAUUAAAAAAAGAUGUCAUUGUAAAGGCCCAGUUGGCACACAGUUUUUGCAAAUGACUUGUAAAGCAUUUAGCAUAUCCGAAAUUUGCACUCUUUACAGACUCAUGCACACAGAUUCCGCUUUCAGAAUAGUUUUGCAGAUUGUACACAGACAAAAAAGGGUGGAAGCUUUUUAAUAAAGGAACUUGCAUUUAUAAUGAUCUGUAUUAGAAUAUAAGAAAUCUCCAGUUAUAGACAAUUACUACCCAUGUUGUACAACAGAUACCUUCUAUUUUAGUUGCUAAUAAAGGGCUACACAACUCAAAAUAGUCUGAUUUAAACUUAUUGCUUUGUGGUAUAAAUGGAAAUUUGAUUUUUAUUAAUUCCAUCUCAGAAUUUUUGUUGAAAUGGCUAGCCUCAGCUCCUAUGUAAGAAUGUUGGAAUAUAUUUUAUUUUUACAUUCAUGUGAUUUUUCUUAAAUCACAAAAAUCAUAGUCAUAUAAUUUUAAAGUUAACUUUCAAAAUUAGUCAUUUGCUUUUUUGUGUGUGACAUACCCUCAUGUCAUUAUUAUAUUGUAGUAGAAUAUAAAUUCAAGGAUGCUUUUAAAAACAAAUAGAUUUAGUUCUUUCCUUCAAAUACUGUGUUUGAUAGUCUGCAAAUGAAGAAACAUUGAAGAGUGUUAUUAGUAUGUUUCAAGUCAUUGCAGACCACACACCACUAUGUGUUUUUUUACUGCUUAAAGCAAUUUGACUCUUUUACUUGAAUUUUUAGCAAGAAAUCAUUGACAAUAACAGUAACAAGGCCUACUGGACUUGUGAUAGUCCUGCAAAUUUGGUUUUUUUUUGGGGGGGCAUGAUUUUUGGUGCGGCUCUUCCAACUAAAAUAAUGGUAUGGUGUUGUAUUAAUUUAUCAUAGAUUUAUUCUAGUCAUUUUGACAAAAAAACGUGUAAUUCAUUAAGCCAUCAUGCAUGUUCUUCAUUAUACCUAUUUUAAUAUAACACUGGGUGUCUAUAUCACAUUGGAGAGUAUUUAUAUCUUCAGUGUUAUACCCAAGUAGCACAAUUUUUAGAUGCCUUGCACCAAUUUUCUUUGGAAAUUUGCAUUUCUUAUUUAUUAAAUAUCAAUUUUAUAUACUCAAGAAUAAGAAAAAUAAUACUACCUUUUAGAUUCAAAAUUAUCUACUUAUACAUGUAGGGAUUAUACUCUUAUACAUCAGUGAUUUAUUUUCCAUUAUUUAGAUAUGCUUUUGAGUACUAAUAAAUAUUUAUCCUUUGUUUAAUACAGAUUAUAAAAUUUUCUGAAUUGACAAUAGUGAAUUUUUAAAAUGUUUUCUGAGUAUAAAAUUUGAAAAUACUGAAAAUUCAGAAGAAAAAAGAUUAUCUACUGUCUCACUACCCAGAGAUACACUGUUAAUGUUUUUCUGUA